AUGGCCGGAACGGGCCGGAUGUUGCUGGUUGCACUUUGCUACCUGUUCGCUACAGUGGCAAGUGUCGAUCGGAACAAUUUCAAGACCUGCGAACAGAGCAGCUUCUGUCGCCGGUUGCGUUCGCUCGAACCGCAGACAAGCGAGUUCGAGGUGUUGCCCCAGUCGUUGCAACAGUUCAAGCAGUACAUUACGCUGACGCUCGCUCAUCAGCGUACCAAGCACGAGUACACACUGAAGCUGGCCUGUGUCAAGGGUGGCGGCACGUUUCAUCUGCAGGUGGACGAGCGGCAACCACUGAGUGUCCGGUACCGGGUCCAGGAUGCACUCGUACAGGAACCACAGUACGGCCCGACAAAGGUGGAAAGCACAUCCGGAACGUUGAUUAUGGUGGGCUGUGGUGAGGGGGAUGGUGUGAAAGCUGCCAUCCAGGUCGCUCCCUUCAAGGUGGACUUCUUCCAGCAGGGUAAGCUGGUGCUGACAGCAAACGGUAAAGGUAUGAUGCGAUUCGAGCACCUACGCCACAAACCGGAACCAAAGCCGGAUCCGAAUGUGGACGGGCAGGCGGAACCGGAACCGAAAGAGGGACGUGAGCAGGUAGAGCAAACGGAUGAAGCGGACGAUCCGGGUGCGUGGGAGGAAAACUUUAAAUCCCAUCACGACUCCAAACCGAAGGGUCCGGAAGGGUUGGCGCUAGACUUUACCUUCCCGCAGGCAAAGGUACUGUUCGGUGUACCGGAACAUGCGGAUACGUUCGCGUUACGACACACGGCCACCAAGGGGACGGAUCCUUACCGGUUGUACAAUUUGGAUGUGUUUGAGUACGAGCUUAACAAUGGUAUGGCGCUGUACGGUUCCGUGCCGGUUCUGUACGGACAUGGGGAAACAUCGACCGUGGGCGUUUUUUGGCUGAAUGCGGCCGAAACGUGGGUUGAUGUGUUUAGCACGAAUCGCGACACGGAUGUCGUUUCCUCGCUAGUAAAUCUGGUAUCAUGGAACAGUCAGACGGAACCACCGGCAGCGAACUUCAUCUCGGAAAGUGGCAUCGUGGACGUGUUCGUACUGCUUGGACCCGGCCCCAACGAUGCAUUCCGCCAGUAUACCGACCUAACGGGCAAAGGUCCACUACCGCAACUGUACGCGAUCGCUUACCAUCAAUGCCGCUGGAACUACAACGACGAGCGGGACGUGGAGACGGUAUCGGCCAAGUUCGACGAACACGACAUCCCGAUGGACACGAUGUGGCUGGACAUUGAGUAUACGGAUGGGAAGCGAUACUUCACCUGGGACCACCACAAGUUCCCCCAUCCGGUCGAGAUGAUUCGCAAUCUGACCGAACUUGGACGCCAUCUUACAAUCAUCAUCGAUCCGCACAUCAAGCGAGACGGUGGCUACUUCUUCCACAACGAAUGUACCGACCGGGGACUGUACGUGAAGAACAAAGAUGGUGCCGAUUACGAGGGCUGGUGUUGGCCGGGUGCGGCAAGCUACGUGGAUUUCUUCAAUCCGGAUGCCCGCCGCCAUUAUGCGGACCAGUAUCUGUUGGAAAACUUUCGCGAACAGUCAGAAACGGUUGGCAUCUGGAACGAUAUGAACGAACCGUCCGUAUUUAACGGGCCGGAAGUAACGAUGCUCAAAGACAACGUGCACCACGGCGGGUUGGAGCAUCGUGAUGUGCACAAUCUUUACGGACACAUGCAGCUGAUCGCAACGUUCGAUGGUUUGUUGCGACGUGGACAGGGCCGCCUGCGUCCGUUCAUUUUAACCCGAUCACACUUUGCUGGCAGUCAGCGGUAUGCAGCCGUUUGGACCGGCGACAAUAUGGCUGAUUGGGGACAUCUGCAAGCGUCCAUUAAGAUGUGCCUAUCGCUUGCCGUUGCCGGUAUCAGCUUUUGCGGUGCGGACGUUGGUGGAUUCUUUGGCAAUCCUGACGGAGAAUUGUUUUCGCGCUGGUAUCAAACUGGUGCGUUCCAACCGUUUUUCCGUUCGCACGCCCACAUCGAUACGAAACGACGCGAACCGUGGCUGUUCCCGGAGGAUGUGAAGCUAGUUAUUCGGGAUGCGAUAAGGAAGCGGUACCGAUUGCUCCCGUUCUGGUACACCAUGUUCUACGAGCAUGAGCGUAGUGGGUUGCCAAUUAUGCGCCCAUUGUUGGCUCAUUACCCGACCGAUGUGAAUGCGUUUGCGAUUGAUCAUCAGUUCCUGUUGGGGGAUCAACUGCUGGUGGCGCCAGUACUGGAUCAAAAGCAGCAGCGAAGCCGUGAAGUUUACUUCCCGGUGCGGGCUGAUGGCCAGGGUGAUUGGUGGUACGAUUGGGACACACACCGCAAGCAUACCGGUACGGGCGUGGAAGCGAUCCCGGUCGACAGCUACAAGGUGCCGGUGUUCCAGCGCGGCGGAACGAUUCUGCCGACGAAGGAGCGAAUCCGGCGUGCCUCGACGCUGAUGCGUCACGAUCCGUACACGCUAACGGUCGCACUGGAUCGGGAGGGACGCGCAAAGGGUACGCUGUACCUUGACGACGAACAAAGCUACGAGUACCGGCGAGGACACUAUCUGUAUCUGGAGUUUGAAUUCCGUGACGGUGUGCUAAGCAGCCGGAAAAUUGACACCACUGCAUCCUACCAAACGGACACCUGGUUAGAGCGUGUGAUAAUCGUUGGUUUGGGAAAGACUCCAACGGCGGCCACACUCUAUACGGAUGCGUCCGGUGCAGCCACAGGUCGGUUGGAACUGGAACGGGCCGGAGAUGUGGUGACCGUGCGCAAACCGGGCGUAUCCAUGCUUGACGCUUGGUCGAUUAAGCUUGAUUUUUAAGUUAAUGCGAUGAAAGAAUUACACAUAUGUUAGAAGUAGUAGCAA